GGCGUCGUCGUGGUGUCCAUCCGCAAGACUUGCCGCCGGGGCGGCUAGAUCACCGAUUGCCUACAUCACGCGAAAAAAAGUCUAUCGCCAAUCCACCAUGGGUAAUCAUGAAAUGGGUACGAACAUGCUUUGUCUGCGUCCUCCUCAGAAUCCCUGAGGGAAACAUAAUCUACGUACUCAGCACGAUCUCGAGACUUGGUCAUCGUUCGUACCUCACAAAGCGCCUUUCCCACUGCGCACAGCGGGGGUCACACUCACUGUUGCGCAAGAGGUGUGAUUCAUUCAAGAGAGCUCAGACUCGUCGUUGGUCGCUGGAGGAGCCAACCUUUGAAUCAAGCGACGAUGGCACCUUGAAUUGCGACAGCUACGUCGCACUCGGACCAGGUCGUUCCUCAGGCUAUUGUGCUCCGCGCAUGGCCAUAGAGGUAGUCGGUGGCUUGGAGGUUCUGGAAGAAAGAAAGAUACGGCGACGCUGCAGGAAGUCAGAUUGUCACAUCGCAGAAAGCAUAACGAGUGCGGCUCGCGCGAGUCGGCGCCACGACACAUUUGACAGUCGGAAGCUAAGCAGGUUGUCAAGGCGAGUAUGUAUAACGCCCCUCGGUCAGUCCAAACGCGCGCGUGUUCGCUCUUGUCGUCCUUUACAAACGCCUCGCCCUCGGCGAGCCGCAACGCACGCUCUCACGAACGGAUACAGUCUAUUCGUCAAGAGGCGAUGGCGACGUUGAAGACAGGCGCAUCAUCCCUCUCAAGACUGUGACGGGCAAGACUGGUAUGGGCGCGUGCAGCACAGGCGGCGGGGAUGAGGAGACACUCAGGCGGGAGUAGCGACAUACCGACCGCCAAGAAUGACAGGCAUGCUGGCCUUCGAAGGAGGGAAAUAAGUUCGCAGUGAAGCAGGUAUAAUAAGAGAAUAUGU